AUGAAGAAACAGAGGAUACUUGGUGGAAACAGAGCUGUGCUUCCUGUGUUUGCCAUGGAAGGGCUGGACAGCAUGGCCUUCGUGGCGAACGCGCUCAGCCUGUUCACCUACUUCUACAGCAUCAUGAACUUCGGGCUCACCAAAUCGGCCAACACUCUGACCAACUUCAUGGGCACCUCCUUCUUGCUCGCUCUCGUCGGAGGCUUCCUCGCCGACACCUACCUGUCCAAGUUCAUGGCUUGCACGCUCUUUGCCAGCUUUGAACUCUUGGGGUAUGCUCUGUUGACAAUGCAAGCACAUUUCGACCAACUCCGGCCCGCGCCCUGCAACGGCGGCCAGGUGACCGACCCGACCCGGUGCGAGUCCGCCACGAGCGGGCAGUCCGCCGUGCUCUACGUCGGUCUCUACCUCAUCGCAUUGGGUGCCGGCGGAGUGAGGGCGGCGCUGCCGGCGUUGGGAGCCGACCAAUUCGACCCCAAGGACCCUGAAGAGGCUCCUAAGCUAUCCAACUUCUUCAACUGGUUCUUUUUCAGCCUGACAACCGGAGCCAUUGUUGGAGUGACGUUGAUCGUGUGGGUCGGAGAGAACAAAGGUUGGGAUUUGGCGUUUGGGAUCUCUGCUCUGGCCGUCUUGCUCGCCGUCUCUGUACUCGUAUUGGGAAAGCGUUUCUAUCGCAUCACUGCCCCUGCUGGAAGCCCUUUUGUCAGGAUCGCCCAGGUGCUUGUAGCUGCAAUGAGAAACAGGCACCAAGAAAUACCAAAGCCAGAAGACGAACUAUACGAGAAGGAAGGGAUCAACGGCGAAAUCCUAAGAAGGACGAACCAGUUCAGGUUUCUGGACAAGGCAGCAAUUGUCUGCUGCACCAACAAGGAACAAGCAUGCCCUUUACCAGAUCCAUGGAGACUCUGCACGACGACACAAGUCGAAGAAACCAAGAUCCUGAUCCGAAUGCUUCCCAUCAUCCUCAGCACAAUCUUCUUGAACACCUGCUUAGCCCAACUCCAGACAUUCACAACUCAACAGGGCAACACCAUGGACCGAGAACUCGGAGAGUUCAAAGUCCCGGCCUCAUCCGUCCCAGUACUCCCACUCCUCUUCAUCUUCUUGAUGAUCCCUCUCUACGAUCGGGUUUUCGUCCCCUUCGCCCGUGGCAUCACAGGGGUCCCCAGCGGGGUCCGCCACCUCCAGCGCAUUGGGGCAGGGCUCGUGCUCUCGGCCGCGUCCAUGGCAGUGGCUGCGGUGGUGGAAACCAGGAGGAGGAAUUUAGCUAUCGAGAACGACAUGGUCGACUCGCUGCUGCCACUGCCGUACAGCGUCUUCUGGCUGGGGUUUCAGUACUGCAUUUUUGGGGCAGCGGAGUUUCUGACGGCUGUUGGAUUGAUGGAGUUCUUCUACUCGGAGAGCUCGGCUGGAAUGAAGGCCCUGGCAACGGGGAUCUCGAUGUGCUCGAGCUCGUUCGGAUAUUUCUUGAGCUCGGUGGUGGUGGCUGUUGUGAACAGGCUUAGUGGUGGGUGGUUGGAGAGUAAUAACUUGAACAGGGUGAAGCUGCACUACUUUUACUGGCUGUUGGCCGGAUUGAGUGUUGUCAAUUUGGCGGUUUAUUUGGUGUGUGCUUCAUGGUAUAAGUAUAAGGAGGUUGAGGACCAGGAAGAGGUGGAAAUGAUGGUUGCUUGA